AUGGAUCAAACUGAUCAUCUUGUACAAUCUCAACAAACAUCAAUUCAAAAUCUUAAGAGGCAAGUUGAUCAGCUAGCAAAGGCAGUAGCUGAGAAGGAACCAGGUAAAUUGCUCAGCAAUACUGAAGUGAACCUUAAGGAAACUACUAUGGUUGUGACUCUUUGUUCAGGCAAAGUAUUGGGUGAUCCCAUCAUUAAGUCUAAGGCUAAACCAAAUGAAAAGCAAGAUGAGAGUGGAAUUGCUAAUGAAAGUGAAAGAGCUAGAGAUGCGGGAAAUGGUUCUAGUAGAAGGAGUUUAGAAGAUAAUCAACAUAUGAAGGUGCCUAAAGUGAAACCUUAUGUGCCGCCCAUCUCCUUCCCUCAAAGGCUACAAAAAAAGUUCUUGAACGGAGUGGUGUCUACUAAGAAGUUGGAGGACUUUGCAAUGAUGUCACUCACUGAAGAGUGUAGUACGGUGGUUCAAAAUCAUCUUCCUGUCAAGAUAACGGAUCCAGGGAGUUUUAUUGUGUCUUGUCAAUUUGAAAAUAUUUUUGUUGAUAAAUGUUUAUUGUCUCAUCCUGUUGGCAUUGUAGAUGAUCUGUUGGUUAAAGCCGAUAAAUUUUAUUUUCCUUUAGAUUUUCUUAUUUUUGAAAUGGAAGAAGAUAUUUCUAUGUCUAUUAUUCUUGUUAGAGGAUUUUUAUCCAUGGAAGGGGCUAAUAUAAACUUAUUAGAAGGAAAAUUGACUCUAAGGUAUGUUACAAAGAAAGACUUGGAGUUGAUGCCCGGGCCAAAUAUUCCUCUUCAGCGGUUCGAAAGCGAUCUUUUAAGGAUCAAUGGUAUCAAAAAUCCCAUGUGCAUGCGCUAA